AUGGAAGACACGUGUGAGAAGUCUGCAGAAUCUGGGAGUGACGGGGAGGAUCCUGACUCCGCUAAGACCCCGACCCUGAUCCGGGACACUCCAGAAGACAUCGUGUUGGAAGCCCCGGCCAGCGGUCUGGCAUUCCAUCCGGCCCGCGACUUACUGGCGGCGGGGGACGUGGACGGGGACGUGUUUGUCUUUUCCUACUCCUGCCAAGAGGGAGAAACCAAGGAGCUUUGGUCCUCGGGCCACCACCUCAAGUCUUGCCGGGCAGUGGUCUUCUCUGAAGAUGGACAGAAACUGGUCACUGUCUCCAAGGACAAAGCCAUCCACAUUCUAGAUGUGGAGGAGGGCCGACUAGAAAGACGCAUUUCUAAGGCUCAUAGUGCACCUAUCAACAGUCUGCUGCUGGUGGAUGAGAAUGUUUUGGCCACUGGGGACGAUACAGGUGGUGUCCGUCUAUGGGACCAGCGGAAAGAGGGCCCCUUAAUGGAUAUGCGACAGCAUGAGGAAUAUAUCGCUGACAUGGUUUUGGACCCGGCCAAGAAGCUCUUGCUCACAGCCAGUGGGGAUGGCUGCCUUGGCGUGUUCAACAUCAAACGGCGCCGGUUUGAGCUCCUGUCAGAGCCUCAGUCUGGGGACCUGACUUCUGUCACCCUUAUGAAGUAUGGGAAGAAGGUAGCCUGUGGAUCCAGUGAAGGUACCAUCUAUCUCUUUAACUGGGAUGGCUUUGGGGCCACGAGUGACCGCUUUGCCCUGAGAGCCGAGUCCAUCGACUGCAUGGUUCCCGUUACUGAGAGCCUGCUGUGCACUGGCUCCACUGAUGGAGUCAUCAGGGCUGUGAACAUCCUGCCCAACCGAGUGGUGGGUACUGUGGGCCAGCAUGCUGGGGAACCUGUGGAGGAGCUGGCUGUCUCUCACUGUGGUCGCUUCCUGGCCAGCAGCGGCCAUGACCAGCGUAUCAAGUUCUGGGACAUGGCCCAGCUGCGGACUGUGGUGGUGAAUGACUACCGUCGACGCAAGAAAAAGGGAGGGCCACUGCGCGCCCUGAGCAGCAAGGCCUGGAGCACCGAUGACUUCUUUGCAGGGUUAAGGGAGGAGGAAGAGGACUCCAUGACACUUGGAGAUGAGGAGAGUGAAGAGGACAGUGACUGA